AAAUAUUAAAUAAAAAUACUUAAUACCAAAAUAUGUAGAAAAUAAAAUGACGUUUCCAAAUUCAACGUACGAAACAUCAACUUUGUAUAUCGAUAAACAAUUUUGGGAUUAUUUCGAUGGAUCUUCCUCGUUAAACGUGACGUUUGAGGAUAUUAUCCCUCGUGAUCAGGGGAUAGUGAUAACUACGUAUGCAGCACUGAUGGCUAUGGGUGGUUUGGGGAACCUGGCUAUCCUAGUUACUUUGGCUAGGUCAAGACGUAGGAAGUCUAGGGUCGAUUUGUUAAUGACUCAUCUGGCUGUCGCUGAUGUAUGUGUCACAUGUGGUGUUAUCCCUUUAGAGAUUGGCUGGAAGUACACGAAUGCAUGGCUAGCUGGCAAUCUGAUGUGUAAAAUUUUACUUGUAAUGCGAGCUUUUGGCCUGUACCUGUCAUCCAAUGUUCUCGUCUGCAUAUCACUUGAUAGAUUCUUCGCGGUAGUGUAUCCUUUACGUUUAUCUGUUGCGCGAAGAAGAAGUAAACAAAUGUUAUACUGCGCAUGGGCAAUCGCUUUAGCCUGCAGUCUGCCGCAGAGCCUCGUAUUCCGAGUGAAGAGACAUCCUUACGUAGCGGCAUUCGAGCAGUGUGUAUCGUUUGGUGCAUUCGCAAGUUACCAUCUAGAGGUGGCCUAUAAUGUGUUCUGUGUCUGCGCAAUGUACUUCGUGCCAUUGCUCGUUAUCACCGUCUGCUAUGUACGCAUCUUCUAUGAGAUACAGGCCAGCAGCAAGGAGAUUUCAGAGAAACAUGAACAUUCAAAUGGAAUCGGUCAUGUGCGGCUACGACGAUCAGACCGGCGGGUGUUGGAGCGCGCAAGACAGAGAACUCUGCGCAUGACAGUUAUCAUUGUCUUUGUUUUCGCACUUUGUUGGCUCCCUUACGCUACAAUGGCUAUGUGGUACAUGGUGGACCGUGAGACAGCCUCGCAAGUUCCACCUAAAGUUCAAGACCUUCUGUUUGCGAUGGCCGUCUCCAACUCUUGUAUGAAUCCCUUAGUCUACGGAACCUACACCUUGAAAGUCAACGGAUCCCUGCAACGGCUUCUAAAGAAUAUCUGCUGCACGUCUGGAAGCGGAUCUGAUACGAUAGGUACUUCAAGCUCGUCAAAAAACAAAAAGCAAGAUACGCAACCUCUUAAUGCGAUAAAGAAUUGUGCAACGAAACCAAAGUUGGGUGUGAGAUUUGCUGAUACCUCUCUGACAGCUGUCGGAGAACGCGUCGAAACAUCGCCGCGUUGUCGUGGUCCUGCCUGACACCCACCACCACGCCUCUACUGCGCCAGACAUGAGCGAUGCCGGGUCCUACACGAAAUAAAGACUCGGACAACUGCAGUGUAAAUUUAAUGAUUCAAAGAAAAUAUAAUAACGGUUGAUAUA